UUUGAAGUUUCCAACAAAGGGAGGACUCACUGAAAGCUUUACGAGAAUCUCCACCUCCCUCAAAAACAAAAAGAGUCUUCCUUCAAAAUACUGUAACAGAUUUUGAGAACAGGACAGCGGUGCAAAGGAGACACAUACAAUACAGAAACAACAUCUUCUAAAUGUACAACAGAAAAAAAUCAGAUUCAACUGCUUCAAACCAUAGUGAAGCAGCUGAGAUGGAGGACUUAUGUUCAGGUUUCCUGUACAAAUCCCCUCCUUCUGGCCAAAUAAGAAAGAUGAAAUCCUGGAAGCGUCGCUUCUUUGUGCUUGAAAAGAAAAACAACGGCAGCCACGAGCUAAAAUACUACAAAACCACUGAGAAAGACAAAGCUAUAAAGUCCAUUGAGGUUUCAAGCAUCACAUUGCUCUACGUGGGACCCGAAUCACAUUCGGCUUUUGAAUGGAUCUCUAAAACCUUCAAGUGCUCUUCUUCCUCUGUGCUCUUCAUGAAAACAGAAAAUCCAACAGACAAGGUGCAGCGAGAAUACUUUUUCAUCGGCGACUCCAGUGAGGAGGUGAAUAGAUGGUUUAAUGCUAUAUUCGGAGUUUUGAAGAAUUUCAAAAUUGAAUCACAAACCAAACCACAAACCAUGACAGAAUCCACUGACAAAAACCCUUGUGACAGCGACAAGAGUAAAGCCGUCAGUCGACCCGCAGUGCCUCCAAGGACGAGGUCUUUUGAAGUUGUUACCAGCCAUCCUGAAGAGUGCUGCCAGCAAACACACAAUAGAAACCGAUCUGAAACAAAGGUGAGUGAAAAAGAAGAAAGCCUUGAUGAGACCGGAGAGGAAAGCAAUGAGGAGCUGUCGUCAGAGGAGAGUGGGAUUGGUUCAUCUGAAGACAGUCUGUUGACCUGUAUGACGCAAGUCUUCAAUAAUUUAAAGACACAGGAAAAAAUCACCGAGCCACACAGUCAAACACCACAAAGUACCACCAUCAGCGACAUUAACAAUACAGACUAUUGUACUAACUUCAAUGGAAACAGUAAAACAUACACCUUUGUUGAGAAGGAAAUCAGCUUAAGUGCAUGUGAACUGAAAAACCUGGUCUUUUCAGAGGAGACAGGAAGACUACGCAUGAAAGGUAAAAAGCGCGAGGUGUCAUGCUCACUUCAUGAGGGAGAUGAGAUCCUAGCAUUCAAUGACCUGUUGACAUACACAGUGGAGGACAUACAGCUAUACAUAAGAAAACUUUCCAAGGGCGAGGUAACAUUUACAGUUCGACGGCUCAAAGACUCCAUUCCUAUGUGUUCUGAAAGUUAAAGACAGACAAAAACAAAACAAAACAGCCUAAUCUCAUACGACUUUACUUGUUGAGCUGCUUUGCUAGUCCCUUCACUUUUAUUAAAAUCAGUAAUUGUUUCUUUUUGUUUUUUCAGUCCAGUGAGUAAGCUGAUAAUACUUAUUAAUGUAGCAAAACUGCUAGUUUUUCUAGUGGUGAUUUUUGUAAAUGAAUUAUUGGUGACAAAUUGUACAGGGUGUCAACAAUAACACAUUAAGCUUCUGUCUUCUGUCUACAAUAAGUCUUGUUGAGCUUUGAAAUCAAAUAUAAAAAAAUGUCUUGUUUUAUUGUG